GAUUCCCUCUCAUUCAUUAUCCUCUGAAAUAGCCAAAAACAUAAAUAUAUAUCGUAUGAAUAAAAACCAAAACUAAAAACAAUAACCGCCUAUAUAAAAAUUUUUAAAAAAAAAUCAGAAGCCAUUGAACAGAUUCAUCAUUUUUAUUUUCUGGUUGCGACCUACCAAAUCUUCGCCAUCUGCCGCCAUGAUCGUCGCUUCUCAGUUGCAACAAUAAUUCUCUCUCUCUAGAAGAGCACGCGAGUAAGUAUCGGACAAAACCUGCUACUUUUUCUGCGCAAGUCUCUCUGCAUUUGCAGAAAUUGUUGCUCACAUGCAGAUUUUGGUUCAUCUUCUGAUUGUGAGCUCUGUUCUCGGAUUUCACAAGAGUUUUCACAAGCUUAUUCUCGGAGGUGUUGUUGCGAUGGAAUGUGUCUCGUUUUUUAGGCAUUUUGCCCUGCAUUAUGAACUAGGCUGUGAGGGUUUCCUCUUUGGGAUCUUCAUUGAGGUUCACAGAAUUCUAGGGCUUUGGCUGUUUGUAAUGUUCGGAUUUUGCCUCCGAUUUUUGUUGUCUCGUGAUUUCUGCAGCGGUUUAGUUCGAUUUCUGUGCGGUUUGAGUGGGGAAUUAGGUGCUUUGAAGGUUGGGUUUUACUCGAAAACUGUUGGUGGUGGAAAAUCGGGGCUGUCGAAUUUAAUCGAUGAAAUUGAAGUGGAUGAGAUUGAUAAUUUGAAAUAUUGCAGUGAUGUUGGUGGGGAAAUUGCAGUGAGAAAUGAAGUUUAUGGAGAAAUUGUAUCUGAUUCUGAAUCUGAUGAUGGAUUUGUUGCUAAGAAUAAUGGUGAUGGUGAAGAUGUUGAAGUUGAUGCUAAGAAUAAUGAGGAGGAUGAUGAUGAUGAUGAAGGUGUUGAAUCUGAUAUCAGAGCAUUGGGGGAAUUGCUGAAGAUUGAGCAUCAAAAAGUUAAUGAUCUUCAAGCAGAGCUUGUGAAGGAGAGGGCUGCCUCGGCCACUGCAGCCGAGGAGGCAAUGGCGAUGAUUCUGCGGCUGCAGAGUGAGAAGAGCUUGCUCGAAAGGGAGUAUAGCCAGCACAGGAGGCUGGCUGAGGAGAAGCAAAUCCACGAUCAGCACGUGAUCAGGUCGCUGCAGUUGCUCGUGUGGCAGCACGAGUUCAAGGGGAGGAGGCUAUUCGAAGACAACGAUGACGAAGAGGAGGAGGAAGAGGAAGACGAGGCUCGGAGUUGCUUGAACGGUAAUAUCUUGGAUGCUCUUGAAAAUGUGCUAUAUAGCUCCCGUGAUUCGGAUUGAUUAGGGGAAUCUUGUUCUUGUAUAGUGCUACUACUAACUUUUUGCUUUAGAUUCUUGCAUUUUGUGUUAUGGAGGAAUCAGAAAAUGAUUAUCCUAAAAGUAAAAAAGCAAUUUGUUGAAGGAGGACCUUGUGAUGAAACAGAGGAAGAACAUAAUCAUAAAUAUGAAUAUAUCUAAAUGGUCCCCCCA